ACGCUCACAUGUUACAGAAAAAGGUGGCAGUUUAAGAAGACAAAUGAACACCCACUGCAGAUUUCCCAUUCCCUCCUACAAGGUAUGGUCCUGUGCAGAAAGAUUCCAAUUGUAAAAAAGAUAUCACUUGGCGCCAAUUUGACCUUCUAUAAAUGCUUUUGGCCUUUUCUGUUUUGUUCAACCUCAAGUUACAUGAAUAGAAAGACAAGGAGAGAACAAGAAGGAAAAGAAGUAGCUAGAAACCAGCUUGAACCCAAAAAGUACUUGUAAGCCAAGAUCCCCACAUUACUAGCCUUAACCUUUGAGCCUUUGAGCCUUCGGCAUUUCAAUCUCUGCAAGUAAUGGAAGAUCAGUGCAGUCCUUUUAGUUGGGAUUUUUGCUAUCAGGAAGAGGGAAUAGAAGAUCAGUUAAGGCAUUCUCUUUUGUACACAACCUUGGAGCUUGAGGCAACAAUUGUAUCAGCAAAGGAGAAGAUUUUGAGGAGAGACGAAGAAGUUGUUCAUUUCCAAGAUCUCCUUACCAGAGUCCUCAAAGAGAGAGAUGAGGCCAGAGCCAAAUGCCGAAGUCUAGUGUUGGAGAAGCACAUGCUCCAACAACAACUGCAAAAACAACAACAACAACAACAACAGCAACAAGAACAACAAGUGAUUGCUCCUCAAAAUCAUGAGGUUGAGUCGAAAGGCAGUGACUCGAGCAAGCACUACUUUGCUGCUUCGUCCGACUCCGAUGAGAACAUCAUUUCAUCUUCAAAUGCAGCAGACCCAGUUAUCUCACAAGAUAUCUUAACAAAACUAUUAGGUGAUCAGAAGCCAUUGCCAGAGAAAGGGAAGCUAUUACAAGCAGUAAUCGAUGCUGGCCCGCUCCUCCAAAAUCUUCUGCUGGCUGGACCUCUGCCUCAGUGGCAACAUCCACCUCCCCAGCUGAAGUCAAUUGAGAUUCCACCAGUGGCUAUUUCUCCUCCAACACCACAUCUUCUGCAGCCCCAAGACUCUUGCAUUAGUACUAGUAGCAACACUACUUGUUUCGGUAACAAAAGAAGCCUGGUGCAUAGUGAUGGUUCUGGUUCUGAUUCUUCACCCAAGACCAAGUAUCAAAAGGUUGUUCUCUAUUGACCAACUUGAGUAUAUGUACUUUUACAUGAUUUUCUAAGGCUCCCCAUCUUUUCAUACUGUCAAACAAGCAAAGGUAUCAGCAUGAAAUGGAGGACUACUAUGCAUGAGCUAGAAAUUUUCAGACAACAACCAUGUCUUAGAAAUGAAAUCCUAACUUCUGUAGCAUUAGUCGACGAAUCAGAUGGAGAUUUAAAAUCUUCUUUUUCAUAAUUUCUAUUGAGUUGCUAUAAUUUUAA